GUUUGUUUGACUCAGUAUAAUUUUAGUAGCGACUUUGUGUAGUAGUUUGUUGCCUUCUUGCUUUAAUAUAGUAAAACUGUCAAUACUAUGGGUGUCACCUGUCAGAUAUUAAUCGACAGAACUGAACAUGGUGUUUUCAAAGCAGGAGGAUCAGUGACGGGAUCAUUGAAAUAUUUCAUAGACAAACCAACACAGUUCAGAAGAAUAUCCAUGUGCUUUCUGGGAAAAGGGGAAUGUCAGUGGUCUAGUGAUUCCGAUUCCGAUGAUGAUGGUACAGAUUACAGUAAUUGUGAAGAAUAUUUAAAUCAAAUAUUCAACGUGUAUUUGGGUACAAAUAAAAAAGAUCUCUUAUCAGGUGCCUUCGAAUACCCAUUUCAGUUCUUGCUGCCAAUCGACAUUCCACCAUCUUUCAAAGACGACAUUUGUACCAUAAAAUACAAAAUCACAGUAACAUUUGUCAAAGCAAACUUUUUGAAAACGAAGAAAAACUUUGAUGUUGAAAUACCUGUGACCAGCUACGUAAACCCAUGUUCGCUAGAGCCAAUGGUGAUCAGUUUAAAGAAAGAUCUGUCUUCUUUUAAAACUUCCAAUAAAAUUGAAAUAAAAGGUGAAAUAAGUAAAACGUGUGUUGCUCCUGGCGAAAAUUUUCAAAUGACACUAACAGUUAAUAAUGAUACAAAACUAGAAAUAUUCGUUAAAUCUGAACUUGUCAAUCGUGUGAUUUAUAUAUCAAGUUGUAAUCACAAGAAAGUUCGUGAAAAUACUGUAGAAGAUACAUGUACAAUUACUUCUGUUGCGGCUAAUGGUGUUGCAAAUCUAUUAUGUGUGGUGCCGACGUAUACCAACCUAAGUUCCAUACAACAUACAAAAGUUAUGAUACGUGAAUAUAAAGUAAAAAUUACGGCUAAACUUCCUUUUCCCCACAUCAAUGCUGUUUUAGAAGUUCCAGUCGUUGUUGGUUCUAGGAAACAUGAGUUUUUGGUACCAGCCGCAAUCUACAGUCAGUAUCAAGAAGAGCCACCAUCAUAUUCAUCAAUACCAGCUCAAGAUGUUAGUUUUGUAAACAAAGAUAAUAAUGAAGAAGGUUUUAGCAAAUAUGAUUCUAACAAAAACGAGAAGCAAGAGCUGAAUGAAAACGAUGAUCCAGAUUAUGAGGGAAAUGUAACUUCAAAGACAAAACAGUAAAGACACUAAGUGACAUAGAUUAGAAGAAAGUAAUGAAAAACGUUUUAAUUAUUAUGUUAUCAUUAUCAAUCAAGUAGAACAAAGUUCCCAGUCCCGUUAACUCCUGGCUAUAUGAUAGAUGAUUAUGUUUUUUUCACAAGCUUCUAUUGAACUUGCAAUGUUAUUGCAAUAUUAGUGAAGUGAAAUUUUGGAAAUAAAUUUUAAAGCAGACAUCUUCAAUCGAUUGAGGUGUUUUGUAUUAUAAAACGUUAGUUUAUAUGGCUAAUUUUUUGAUUAUUCUAAGUCUAUAAAAAGUGUUCUUAGUGAGCCAACUUAUAAACCUUGUUUUUAAAAGGUUUUUCAUUUCAAUUUAUUUUGUUAGUGACAGCAAACUCAUUUUAUUUUGAAUCUGUUAAAUGUAUAGUUUAGUGUCAUAAUCUUAUGAUAAUGUAUUAAAAUCUGUAUCUAAAAUAUAAUGAAAAAAUAAAGUCUUGUUUUGAA